UGGAAAAGCCCAAUACUACGUAAAGGGGAAACCCCGUUAAAAAUAUCAUCGUGAGAAAAAAAAAUAGAUCCAAAUAUAGAGCCACAAGACCGUUAUAUAUUCCAAAAGUUGUUCUUCAAAUACCAAAAGGUACAGAAAUCAAGAGCUGUGUGAAACUUACCAGGUUUUUCGUUAUAAAUAUCUUGGUAAUUACUGGCCAAGGAACACACUGUUAAAUAGUUUGAUAGAUAUAUCCAUUUUAACUAACAAUUAAAUAGGAAGUAUGUUGAAAUUGAGUUAGUUUAUAUAAACCACUUAAUUACAUAGCAAUGUCCCCAAACACCAAAUGUACAUCAGUUAUAAAGAAUGAUCACUCCUCUGAAUCCUGUUUAAAAAGCAGUCACUGUGAUAAUCAGAAACAAAUAAAGUCAAGCAAUAAUUCUGGAAAUUUGUGUGCAAUUUCUAACAAAAGAAGCAUUCAGCAAACAGACUCGCAGCUUGUCCAAACAGUUCCAACUCCUCACAACGCUACACAGACAAAUGAAACUUUGAAUGGGACAUCAAGUUUGAGCAUGAAACUAGGUCAGGAGAAGCCAAAAGAAAACCCAACAUACUCAGAACUAGGGAUUAUAACAGAAAAACCAAAACGCCAAGACCUGGCCCUUAAGCAGAAACGACUGGAGUCCUUCCAUAAUUGGCCAGAAGAUCAUCAUUUGAAACGUGAGGAUCUUGUCGAUGCUGGAUUCUAUUAUGCUGGCUAUGGAGAUUGUGCUAGAUGUUUCUACUGCAGUGGUGGUCUGCGAAACUGGGAGAUAGGUGAUGACGUCUGGGUGGAGCACGCAAGAUGGUUCCCUAAAUGUGCUUACGUCCGCCAGCAGAUGGGCCAGAUCUUCAUACAAGCCGUACAGGACCUCAAUAAAACCCAUGACAAGAUCCCUUUUAGCAUUGUCAAAGAGAAAAUUGCUGCACCAUUCUGGUCAUUGCAUUACGAAACCAAAUCUAAUCCAUUGAAACGAGAUCCGGCUGUCAAAACUUUGAUCGAAUGUCAGUUUUUAGAGAAAGAUGUUUUAGAAGUAGCCGAGAAAGUGAAAAAAGACAAUCCUUUAUCGUCAGAUCUUCUUUUGGAAAAACUAAAACUUUUCAGAAAGUCAAGGGAUUCUAAUGCUACCCAGGAACACCAGUCUUCUGACUCACAUAACUCAAAGCAAAUUCAAGAACAAAUACGGGACUUGAAAGAAAAGAAUGUUCAACUCCGAGAACAAAUGCUCUGCAAGAUUUGCAUGGAUUCUCAAGUGGAAGUAGUGUUUCUGCCUUGUGGUCAUCUGGUGUCCUGCAAAGACUGCGCUCUGGCUCUCAAAGAUUGCCCAGUAUGUAGAAAAUAUGUGAAAGGAAUGAUUCGCACAUUUCUGGGCUGAGAAGUAUUGUUGUGUUUACAAAAAAUGUUGUGAUAUAAAAUAAGAAUAUUGUUGUGUAUUUCAAAUUUUUUAAGAACAUGCACAGACACCACACCGCUCACAUGACUUGUUGAAAGUAUCUUUUUCUUUUACCCUUUUAUAAAACACUCUCAUUUGACCGAUUUCCACUGAUAGGUUGUGCCGCCCUUUCUCCUCAAAAUCAUGGGCAAUGAACUCCACUAUUUUUACAUUCUUUUACGUCCAGGAUACUUUUACACGAAUAAAAGAAAAAGUUGGUGUGUUUUUUGUUCGAUGUAUUUAACUCAGAUUUUUCUACUUUCAUUAUCAAGAAAUCUAAUUUAAACCUGGUACUGCAAAUACUAGUCAUACAAUUCUCAUUACAUGUUUUAUAAGAUGUACACAUUCUCUUAUUUAAGUAUUUCUAUUACUUAGUAUUACAUUGUCAUUUCCAUUCUUUUGAAAAGAGAUGACGCAUACAUUUAUUUGGUGUUAAGAAAAGUAUCCAGUAUUAUUGUGACACAUCAAUACAAACACAGUGUGUUAUACUAAAUACUUUUUUGUAGUUUUAACUUCGCCCAAAAAUAAAAUGUAAUUAAAAUCGCUAGGUCAAAGAUGAAUCGUGUCUAAGCUUAUGUUACCUACACUUUUAUUUUUCAUUUGUAAAUUUCCGUCCAUUACUGGCAAUGAUACUGACGUUUAUUAGUUGCUAAACUGGCAGAGUCACAUCUAUCAAUUACUAGUUAUACGCAGAGAUAUGACAUGUAUUAAAUGGUAGUUCCAAGUGACCUGUGCAUCUUCCCACAGUUAAUGUUAAAAGUAUGUAUAGUACUAUUUUGUUUAAAAUUUGUAUAUACUGGUAUAGAGAAAUAUAUUUGUGUAUUGUCUAAUCUAGUAUUGUCUCAAUGGUAGGUUGAACAAUGCUCAAAGUUUUUCGAAUCAUUCAGAAAAAGAAAAGAAGCUUUUAAUGCGAAUUUCGCUUUCGAUCUUUUCAAAGCUUUAAAUUGCAUCUUUUCUUAUGAAGAAACAGUUUAAUGUCAUUUCUCUGUAACUUUUCAUUUAAAAAAAAAUAAGGGUUAGCGAUCUUUAAGAUGAGAUCUUAAAAAUUUCACUUAAGUUUUGCUUACAUGUCUAAGAAUACCUGUUAAGGCACUUUGCUGGUAACACACACACACACAUAACACACACAUAGAUAGACAAAUAGGUAGAUGAUCUACAACAAAGAAUAUUCAAGUUGUAUGUUUCCUAAGGCAAAUUCAAAAAGAUUUGUUAGAGUUACCACUUUUUGGAUAUUUUUUUUUUAUUCAAAUCAUUUAUAUAUAACAUAGAUGAAUGUCCAUGAUGACCACUUUUGUCAUCCAGGGGCUGGGGGCUUUGCAGUGGGUUUACGUUACGUACAAAGAUAUACAAAGAUACUUUUUGACAGCAAUUUUUCAAUCCAUUAAGAUGACAUGUAGUAUUAUCAUGUAUAGAUUUAGGAAAACUUGAAAAUGCAAAGGAAAAUAAUCGCUUUCUUACAUGUUGUGAUUUUUAUCAAAUUAUAUCUAUAUAAGCCUACCGUUUUUCAAAACAUACAUUGAUUUCUAACAUAUUUGGAAAUAAUUUAAAAAGAAAGAUUAUAUUAAUUUGUUUUUAAAGGCUUUAAAAAUUAUUUAUAAUAUGAUUUUUGACAUUCCUAUAUAAAUACAAUUUUGUUAUAAACUAUUUACCAUUAUUAUUUUAUUUCAUUUUUUUUAAAAUAAGAUAUAAUUCUAUUAUGGUAAUGGUUGUUGUCUACAUUUAUUUAGAAUAUCAUCGAAUAAUGCUAAUUCUUUGAAAUAUUAUUUCCAAUUGCUGUUCCGGUUAAUUUUUAUUUUAAAUAUCAAACAUAUCUGUCUCAUUUUCAUAUUUUUUAUAAUAAUGAUAGAAGUUAUACUAAAGAAUCAAUGGUUUUUUUUUAUUAUUAAUGUGCAAUUUAAUAUUUAAUAUCUAUUUUUUUCCCUAAUUGUUACUUCAAUCAAUCACUAACACUACUGUUGUAUUCACUCUCAGCUCAUCUGGCCCUUGAUAUUUGUCGCAGGGUUUCUUUGAAUAUUCACGUACCCAAAUCCCUCCACUUUUCCAGGUCAUCAGCUGUUCUUAAGAUAUCAAGAGAGAGGCCGGUCUAAUUUGUUUUUCAAUUGUCCAGCCAGUUUUUCUUUGGACGACCACUUCUUCGUGCUCUCUUCUCUGACCUUAAAGUAUGACUUUUGACAGUGAGUCAUGUCUUGCAAUAGGAAAGAACCAGCUCAACUUUCGUCUCUUUACAGUAUUGAGGAGUUCUUCCUAUUUGCCAGCCAGAGUGUUGACUUGUAAUUGUACAAACUCGUGUGUCCUCUUUUCCUGGUAUUUGUGGCAUUUACUCUCAAAGGUUUGGAUUCUUCUUUCAGCAUUAGCGUUGUGGUAGUGUCAUGAAAAAGACAAUUAGCAAAUAACACAACUUUAAUUUUACCUGGAAACUGAUUUUACUCUUCCAUAUUAUCCACAGCUUGUUCACGGCAGCGAAUGUCAAGUUUAAACGGGGUUUUAUCUCUUUUAUUGAUCUUUUGUUUUACCCGAGGUAUUUGAAUGAGUCAUAUUUUUCUAAUGUUUGACCUUUCAACUGUAUAUCACUUCUCGUACAAUCUCCACUACAAACUAGUAUUUUGCUAAUUUUAGCACUGAUUUCUCUGACAGCAGUAUCCAGUUUUAAAUGAAGAUCUUAUACCUGGUCAGUAUUUUUUUCCAAACAUCUGCAAACCUGAGAUUGGAAAUAGACCGCUCGUUGAGGCCAGGCUUGGGGUAAAUCGUAAUAUGUUUAAAAAAUCUGUCUAGAGAAAGCAUCCUUGCUGCACUCCUAUGAAUGUCGUAAAACUUUCUCCAAUUUAAGUAUAGAUAACAUCCAUAAAGUUUUUAUCUUUUUUUGAACUCAUCACAUGCUAUCAUGUCGAACCUGGUCAACAGAUUUUUUUUUCUUUUUUGAGUCAAUGAAGUUGUGUACUAUUUUCUCUUGGUGUUGAAGGUAUUUUUUGUUAUUCAAGUCUUAUAUUAAAUAUUUGUUUUCUGUAGUGACUAAAUAUCGUAUAUAUUAUUUUAUAUUUUAUACAAGGAUUGUUAUUAGUUCAAUGAGUGUAAUCUAGUCGUAGUCAUGUUUAUCAAUUUUGGGGCAAAAUGCAUCAAUGAUUUUUUUUGUUUUUCAUUCAAAUAAAUAAACCUGUUCAAAUAUUUUGAGUUUCAAAAAUCGUUAUUAACUUACGGUGUUGCCUUUUUCAUUAUUUUUUAAAGCAUUUUCUAUGUAUGUAUGUAUGUACGUAUUGUUAUAAACUUGGUGGUGGCACAGAGAGGGGUAGUGGUGUGUGUGUAGUCAGCCGACGCAAAUCGCCCCAGGCCAAGGCUAGACGAGCGGUCAACCGUGACGAGAUACGACUGUCAGCCGAGUCAAGUGUCAACAGGACAGUUCGGGAAGGAUCGCCGUCGUGAACAGAGCUCAGGAGCGUCACGAAAGUUGUAGUCAUCUGACCACCUAGAAACGUCGAGCGGCGUUCUGUCCGGUUCGAGAAGGCCAGUAGGGACCCUAUAUAAGAGCGGAGGUGACGCAGUCAAGACGGUUCACGAGAGACGGUUCACGGCAGGGGUUCAGAGCCCGGUUCACUACAGUCCGGUCGACUAGAGCACAGUUCAGCGGUGUGGUUCUGUACGGAGCAUUACGACGGUUCAGUGCGGAGUACUGUCAAGUACAGUUGAGACGACUGGCGUCUUGAUCUUGGUCUGCGAUCGAGUCCGACACAACGAGCCUAGUGUGUGAAGUCAGUCUGAGCUGUUGAACCCAAUGCAAGCCCGGAACGAGACGGAGAGGCCAGUGCAAGAGUUGAUACUGCGGAACGGUGUUAUCGGAGAGAUAUUUGUACUGUGUACGUGUUGCCAAUUGUACAGUAUAGGCUGUUAUUUGUUCAACUAUUAAAGUGUUACGUUACUUUGGAGCCCUGAGUUGUCAAGUUCUUUAAGUUGGUGGUGUAUGGUGCAGUUUGCAGAGAGCCUGGAUAGUGAGAUUCGUAACAGUAUAGAUCACUAAGCUGAAAAGUAAUAUGAGGAAUAUUGCACACAGUGGUCUAAACACAAGAUAUUCUUCUUGGGGCCUGCAAAUAAAACUAUUACAAUUACUCUUGGAAAUUAGGAAAUUACCUUGUGUACAUAGCUAUAGUUUAAAUCUUCAGCCACAUAGAGUUGAAGAAAAUGAUUAUUCCUAACAGCUGGGAAUGGGAUAGGCUAAGAACGUAUGUUUUAUAUCCGGAGUCAGCCAAGAUGUCAGCUCUUCACUUGGCGGCAGCAGGCUUUGAAUAUGUUGGAAACGGCAUUCGUUCUACUGUUAUGUGUGUCUCAUGUCGCCAAGGAAUAGAUCUAGAUCUAGAAGAGUGGAUGCCUGCUGAUGUUUUUCAAGAAAUUCAUCAACAAAGUUCUCCAGCCUGUGAUUUUGUUAACAGAGAGAGACAUAUGGUGGAAAGGGCUAGCAACUCAGCUGCCGCUUCAAGUGCUGUGUCUCACAUCCAGGAUGAUGAUGUGUCAAAGAACACGCAUCAAAAUGAAAUCGGAAUAAAGAGAAACAAAAGCGAUGGGGGUGCGUCUGGUGGGCGGGGCAGGGAGGGCGUUACGGCGAAACUAAGUCCAGUUCCUCGGGAGAGACAAGCAAGAAUGCGAUAUAGAUCCAAGCAGGCAAGACUGAAAACAUUUGACAAACGUCAGAGUGUUUUCCCAGUAGACGUCAGGAAAAUGGCUAUGUGUGGAUUAUACGACACAGGUGAAGGCGAUUGCGUUCGUUGCUUCUCGUGUGGUGGUGGUCUGAAAAAUUGGCGAAUAAAUGACCACCCAUGCAUUGAACAUAUCAGGUCGUAUCCUAAUUGUAGUUUCGUCAAGAAACAGAAAAGUCCAGAGUUCUACAGCGCCGUAAUGUAUUUAAACGCCUGCUUUUCUUCAAAGGAUCAGGUAAGUUUAAGAUAAAUUUAAUCUUCUUAAAAGUAGGAGAGAACAAUAUGAACAAUAUCAUGUGUAAGUGCCAUUUAUAUUAUUGAAUGUAUGGCUUUAAAUUCAAAGAUAGGGUCUAGUUCUUGAACUGAUGAAUCAUAUCCUAUACUCGUAUGUACACAAUUUAGUUGCUGACAUUUAGUUUUAAUAGAUUGACUUGUUCAUAAUUUGAUUAUAUAUUAAAGAACUUGUUCAUAUUUAGAUCAUACAUUUAAGGAGAAAGUCAACAUUAAAUGGAGGGUAAAUUAAGAAAUUUGCUCUAACACCACAAAGCUAGAAAUGAAUAAGCUUUUAAGGUUUCGGAAAUGCAGGAAAGACAAUAUUACUAAAGUGAAGGCUUGAUUGAUGUCACUGUGAAGUUCCAACGUAGAGAUAUUGUUUAGUGUUGACUAGUGAGGUUGUUGAGAACUAGUUUCAUACAGCUAAUCCUAACUAGCCUAUGUUAUAUCAUUCUGACUCCCUGGUGUUAUAUCAUUCUAACUAUCUGGUGUUAUAUCAUUCUAACUAUCUGGUGUUAUAUCAUUCUAACUAUCUGGUGUUAUAUCAUCCUGACUAACCGGUGUUAUAUCAUACACUAUUCUGAAUAAAAGCUUUAAAUUCAUUUUUAAGUAUAAUAUAAAUGUCUUAAUAACUACGGGCUUUCGAAAUAAAUUAAAUAUCAAUUUUAAAAGUCAAAUAUAUCAACUACAAAUGAAAUCAUAAGAAGUUUUGACAUAUCUCUCAAACUCAGUGAGAUUUGCUUGUUUUCACUUUUCAAAUUUGCAUGUUUUCCUCUUGUAUACUCGGUACAUGAAGUUGUAAAUAAGUCUAAGCUCAUAUCUUACAUCAGCUUAUGGACACAUAAACACACUUUGUCUAUGGCUAACGAGGGUGAUAGUUGUCUAGCACAAUGACCAAGCAUAUCUAAAUAGUGUUAAUUGAGCUCUUGGAACUCUGUCCAGACUUCUGACCAUAAGUUUAAUCCCAGUGCUCCCCCUUUAACUUAUCUUUCGACCUUCACAGGGAAAUCUGUGUAGACCAAACUUAACUCAUCUCGCAAACUUUGGAUUAGCGACCAAAUACCAUCCCUCCCCUUGAAAAGUAUCACUAAAGAUAAAACUUAAAGCUGCAAGAUGUUAUCAAGCAGGAACUGCCUACUCAAUCUUCUUCUGCACAUUUUGUAUAUGUCCAUACAAUGUAUGUAUAGCUAGUUUAAAACAACGAUAAGCACGAUGUUAGAACAUCCCAUGCUACUGCUGCAGCUUAAUAUAAGAACCAUUAGAUAAUUAUCAACAAUUUAGAUAUAAGAAGUCAUAGAGACUAACAUAUUUAAUUACGGAAGUCUGCCAGCGCGCCGCAAUUCAAACGCUAUACAUAAAUAUUGACUGAAACGAUCUUUAAAUAUAUUUUACUAUAGCGAAUAAUGUUUAUCUGAAAAAAAUAAUUACCAAAGUCCAUAGAACUUAAGUGUUUUCAGAUAAUCAAAUCUAGAUCUAGCCGUCGCACUCAUUUGGACCACUAUACAGGCAAUGAUGAAAUCGAGUCUUUUAAAAAAGUAUUUUAAUUGUUUAUCUCUAACCUUGACAUUCCUUACAAAACUAAUUGCUACAAAGGUUAUUUUAUUUAAGAUAACCAAGUCCAUGGUGAAAGCACAUAUGCUACAUAAAGCACGAGGUGAGAUCAUUUCUUUUUAUAGAUGUAUAAAUCGCUGUUUCUAUUCACUGAUCGAAACUAGCAUUUUGAGAAAUCUAUCUUGUAUAUUAUGCUUCAUAAAAAUAUCUCAGAAUUAAAAUAUAUGUUAGCUCUAUAUUUAUUAGGACGAUAUGUUAUUUCUACAUCUGUAUAUUUUAUCCACAUUGGGCAUUGCGUCUUGAAGCUGAGAUACUUACACUGACGGAAGAAAACGAAACAUUUAGCAGACGAUUGCAAUGCAGAUCAUGCGGAGUCGAUUUGUUUGGGAUUGUUUGUGGUAUGCUUGUCAUGCGGCCGAAGUAUCCAGUCAUGUGUGGAGUGUGGCCACUUGAUUGAGGGCCACAUUACAGCAAGGCUCAGUUGAAAGUGUACCCAAUAAUUUUCUAAUUUUAUUAAAUUAGUAUUUUUUUUAUUAAUUAAAAACAAAUUAAAUCCUAAGGAUUAGGACAAAGUACAAUAUCUUGGAGUGUCCGUGCCUCUCUACACUCACUUUCAAAUCAUUUAUUACUCAAACAUUCCAGCCAGCCACGAAUAAAUAAAGGUGAAUAAAAUUGUAUCAAAUAAUAUAGUUAUAUUUUGUUUCUUACUAGUUUAUAUAUAGACGUUUAUUUUAUUUAUUUGUUUAAUUAUAUCUUAUAUUUAUAAUACUUGUAGUUUUCUUUUUCUCUUUAACUUUGUUAAAUUUAUUAUAUUGUAUCUCCUGAAUUUAUCAAAUUGAUAUAGUUAGUAACUCAUUAUAUUGUAUCUCUUGAAUUUAUCAAAUUGAUAUAGUUAGUUUUAUUUCUUGUAUUCACUUCUUAUGCAUUAAUAUAUUUGCUUUCACGUAAACCUGUAGUUUUCUUUUAUUUCUUUAUUUUUUUUAUAUGAUUUUAUGACAUUUCAUUACGGGUUAUCCAAUUAUGUGAUUCGUAGGCUAUUUCUUUUUCUUGCAUGGUUAGGCCUUUACUUACAAUGUAUUUGUCGUCCUGCGGUGGUGUGUCUGUUUCCCCUUACUGUUACUUUAUAAUAACUAGUGAAUUUAGCAAUGGCUUGCCAAAACAUUGAAUAUUGUAAAUAUUACUGUUACCUUCUUUAUCUUAUGUUGAGUUUGCUAAUAAAUGUUUUAGUUUGUGUUAAUAUUAAACUAUUAUUAUUA